CCUCACACCAGCAGCACACUCGCGGAUGAAAGAUGAAAGUGAGACUCCCAGCAGUAGGCUGUUAGCAGCAGUUUCACCACCGACACUCAGUGAGAAGGAGAGAGGCAAGUGGAGAGCAGCUUUCGGUGACGGGGGAACAGUCUAUCUCUUGUAUAACCACCGAAACAUUUUGAAGUGCCUCGAUGCAACACCGGGCUUAGCUUUCUGUUUGCAGCUCUGGAUAGAUAAGGACAGACAGUCGGACGAAGUUUCUAUCCGUCCUUUUUCUGACUGUUUCUACCUUAAACUGGCUGUCAGACUCUCCGGUGUUGAAUGAAGUUGGAAAUGCGUAGUGUUUGAACUUCACCUCUAAACGCGGACGUGAUCAUCAGCAAUUAGGUGUCAUCAUCCAUACAUGGAGAGUAGCCCAUGGACCUAAGUGUGACCCAGAGAUUGUUACAUCCAGGCCUAGACUCGGCCAUGCUGACGCCCGGCCCUCCCUUCUUCCUGGGACCCCUCACCUCACAGCACUGCUCCCAGUUUUCCCAGCAGCACUUGCAGUAUAACAUUGAACAAAGACAGAUGGAGCAGGAGAAAAGAGAAGAACUACAUCAGCUGACACAAAAGAGUAAAAAUGAGCAGAGUGCCGUAGCCAGUCCUCUGGUGAGGCAGAAACUUCGGGACCACAUAAUUAUGAAGAGCCAGCCCACUCAUGACAGGGUCACUGGCCACAGCAGUCCUACACCAGGAUACAGGCUCCCAGUUCCUGACAUGUCCCCAAAGUCUCAGCCUACAGCCUGUGACCAGCGUAAAGACCUCGCACUGCGCAGGACAGUCUCUGAGCCCACUCUGAAGUGGAAGUUAAAGAAGCUCAUCAGUACAAGGCCAAACCCGCUGCAGCGUAAGAUCAGUGCCCCUCCCGCUGUCAAGCACAGGACAGAAACUUUGGACUCCUCUCCCAGCAGCAGCAGCAGCAACCCAGCUUCAGGGUGCAGCUCACCAAAUGACAGCCUCCAUUCGGACAACGGGCACCUCCCGCUGGCUCAUGAGGCACAGCGGUUGCUGGCCCAAUUUACCUUGCCUCCCAACCCCACUGCUAUGCCCAACAUCACUGCUGGACUACCUGCACAUGCUGACCUACGAGUAGCCAGACCAUUGGCAGUACCUGCUCUUCACCAGGUCUACCUGCCUCGGGAAGGAUGCAGUCCAGCCCUGGAUCAGCGCCUGCAGCCUGUGCUCAUUCUGGAACCACAUACCGGACUGGUGCACUCCCAACUUGUCUCUUUUCAUGGUAUGAGCUCCACUCCUCUGCUGCAGCAGCAGCAGCCUCACCUGUCCUCCCCCACCAGAAGGGAAGGCGUAGUUACCUUUCCCUCCCACAGACCCCUGGAGCGAACACGCUCAGAGCCUCCGCCCUACAGCCACUCACCCCUUACUCUGCAUGCCAGCCGUCACUCACACAUCCACCACCAUCUGUCCCAGCAAUAUCACAAGAGCGGGCUGGAAAGGUUCAAGCAGAAUGCACACAUGAGCAAGCUAACAAGCAAGUCCAUUGAGAAGCCUCGUCUGACCGAGAUCCCAUCGGAGGACAUGGACCUGGAGGAUAUUGGAUCAGGAUCAGGUUCGGGUCCCGGGUCCGUGUGUGAUUCAGAACCGGGCUCAAUGUGUGAGGAAAACUACCGCAGGAGACAAAGCACUGCCAGCACAGACUCAGUUUACGACACAGAAUCCACUACCUCCUCACGGGACAGCUUGAUCGAGCCCUCUCACUCACUCAGUCAGAGGCAGGUGAACCUUAGAUCAGGUCUCCAGCUUGACCCCCUGGGUGUGCCUACCCUAAUUUGGCCUCACCAGCCUCUGGUUCGAACCCAAUCCUCCCCAGCCUCCACUUCCCUGCCUCCUCCUCCACAUCCAACCACAGCCAUACCUACCCUGUUACUGUCCAGCCCUGCUGCAGAUGUCCAGCUACGCUUCACCACAGGUCUGGUUUAUGAUGCUCAGAUGCAGAAGCACCAGUGUACCUGGGACAACAGCCGCCAUCCUGAGCAUUCUGGGAGGGUCCAGAGUAUCUGGUCCAGACUGCAUGAAAGAGGUCUCAGGAACCAGUGUGAGCGUAUUCGCAGUAGGAAGGCCACUCUAGAAGAGCUGCAGUCAGUCCAUUCAGAGAAACAUGUGCUUCUGUUCGGCACCAACCCACUCAACCGCCUCAAUCUGGACAACCGCAAGUUGGCUGGGAUUUUGUCUCAACGGCUUUUUGUGAUGCUGCCAUGUGGAGGAGUUGGGGUAGACAUUGAUACAAUCUGGAAUGAACUUCACACAUCAGUAGCUUCCCGUAUUGCUGCAGGAUGUGUCACAGACCUUGCGCUGAAGGUGGCACAAGGAGAGCUAAAGAAUGGCUUUGCAGUGGUGAGACCUCCUGGACACCAUGCAAACCAUUCCUCCCCUCUGGGCUUUUGUUUCUUCAACUCUGUGGCUAUUGCCGCCAAGCAGCUCCAACACAAACUUAACGUCAGCAAGAUCCUCAUCGUGGACUGGGAUGUUCACCAUGGCAAUGGAACCCAGGAAGCCUUUUAUAAUGACCCGAGCGUGUUGUACAUCUCUCUACAUCGCUAUGACGAUGGCAACUUUUUUCCUGGUAGUGGACAUCCCAGUGAGGUGGGUACAGGUGCAGGCGAGGGCUUCAAUGUGAAUGUUGGCUGGACAGGGGGUUUGAACCCUCCCAUGGGCGAUGCAGAGUACCUGGCUGCAUUCAGAGCCGUGGUGAUGCCCAUUGCCCACGAGUUUUCCCCUGAUGUGGUGCUGGUGUCAGCUGGCUUUGAUGCUGUCGAAGGCCAUGUGUCAUCACUUGGAGGCUACAAAGUCACAGCCAAGUGUAAGCCUCAAUAAGCACCUCAUUCUUAUACAGCACACAUUCACUUUACAAUAACAUACUCUUAUGCACACACAUAGGGACAUAGAUAUGAAUCAGUGUUAACAUCACACAAAGUGCAGUCUGAAAUCCAAUCAUACUUAUUUAUACAUAUCUGUAAUGAUUUCUCUGGUGUUGAAAGUGUGUCUUAGUUUCCCGAAGGACCUCAUAUGAACUUGCUUUUGGUUUAUUUCACUGUUUACCUCUGUUAAUAGUUAAUAUGAAGUUGUCCUGCAUUUUCGGGUUUAAAACCUUA